UACAUAGGCAUCUGCUGCCAUUAGUGAAUAUAGAGAUUGACACGUAGGGUGGUGUUUUCGAUUCAUCUUUCAGCGCUAAUUUCUUUUGUGUUAAUUUUCAGAUUCAAAGAAUAAACCGAAGAGCCCUAUUCAAUCGAAGAUGGAGGCUGCUGCAUCACAAGUGGGCAAGAAUUGCUCAAAAUUAUUCGAAUUAGCAGCCACAGACAAUUUGAACGGCUUUAGAUACCAAGUAGAGAAGAUGGGUUGUGACGUAAACGAAGUCGGGUUAUGGUACGGCCUAAGCUUCGGCUCCAAGAAGAUGUCCCUCGAAGAGCGAACCCCAAUCAUGAUUGCCUCUCUGUACGGAAGCACAGAGGUUCUCAAGUACAUAAUCCGAACCAAGAAAGUCGACCUGAACAGAUCAUGCGGUUCGGAUAGAGCCACCGCCCUCCACUGCGCGACAGCUGGCGACUCGAGGUCGUCCGUCCAGGCUGUCCGAAUCUUGAUUGAAGCCAAUGCGGAUACCAACGUUGUCGAUGUGAGAGGGAGAAGACCCGGUGAAUUAAUUCCGUUUUGCGUCAAAUCUUCCAAUAACUACAAGAGCAGAACUUUAGAUAUGCUUUUGAACGGAAACGGAGUUUCCAUCGAAGAAUAUGAAGACGAAGAGGGAAUUCGGAAGAAAGCGUAUCCGUUUGAUACAUGUUUGCCGGAUAUGAAUAAUGGGGUAUAUGGGAGCGAUGAAUUCAGAAUGUAUAGCUUUAAGGUGAAGCCAUGCACGAUGGGUUAUUCGCACGAUUGGAAAGAGUGCCCGUUUGUCCACCCUGGCGAGAAUGCGAGGAGGCGCGAUCCUAGUACUCAUAACUACACUUGUGUGCCUUGUCCGGAUUACAGGAGAGGGAUUUGCGUUAGGGGGAAUGCUUGCGAAUAUGGUCAUGGUAUUUUCGAGUGUUGGCUACACCCUGCAGUGUACAAAACAAGGCUGUGCAAGGAAGAAACUUGCUGCACUAGAAAAGUUUGCUUUUUCGCGCACAGUUUGGACGAACUUCGCCCUUUGAACGACUCCACGGGGUCCGCUAUGACUUCCGGGCAAUCGAUUCCGGUCAAUUCUUUGGAGCUGACGUCACCGUCGCCACAGGCGAUGAUGUCACCAUUAUCCGCCACGUCGCAGAACAGGGCGGGUUUUAGCGCGAGGGAGGUGGAUUUGGAUGUGGGUUUGUUAGGUUUGGAAAAGAUCCGCAUGCAGCAAAGGCGGCAGCUGCUGAAGGAGAUUACGCGUAUUACUACACCGUACGGCUCAUCAUCAAGAAUAGGGGAAUUGAGUUCGGAAAGACUCGGUGAGAUCACUGAAUCUCUCGAUCCUUCUUUGCUAUCAAAAUUGCAGGGGCUCUCGCCGAAAUAUAACAACAUCACCGGGCCCCACGUGCAAUCUCCAAUCGGGCCCCGCAUGCAAUCUCCCAAAGGGCCCCACGUGCAAUUACCAAACCGGCCCCAUGUGCAAUCUCCUAACCGGCCCCACGUGCAAUCUCCAAGCAGGCCCCAUGUGCAAUCCCCCGACCGGCCCCACGUGCAAUUACCAAACGGGCCCCACAUGCAAUCUCUGAGCGGGCCCCACAUUCGGAAGAAUGGGCACCACCAGCUUCGGACGAGCUACCCUUCUUCUUCGAAUAUGUCGUCCUCACCUUCGAGAAACCCUAUUGGUAGUAGUGGUGGUGGCUUUGACUCAUCUGCUCCCAUGGCUGCACACUCGAGAUCAUCUGCUUUCGCAAGACGGAGCCUCAACUUUAUUGAUAGAAGAAACGGUCGUGGUGGUGGCGGUGACGGCUACCAUUCUGGUGCUUCGCCGAGUCACAGGCAGUCGAAACUAUUCGAACAGGGCCCACCUGAUGGACAGGUGGACUGGGGCUUUAAUAAUGAGGAUGAUGUGAAUAAGCUGACGAAGUCGGCGUCUUUCGGUUAUAGAAACGGUAAUAAUAAUAAUAAAAAUAAUAAGAAUAAUGAUAAGGAUAAUGGGUCUGGUGAAUAUGAAUGA